AUGGCCAUUUUUUUGCAGGGCCGUCUUCAUUGGAUGGAAGAUUACAAGUACCUUUUUAAGGUCGUACUUGUAGGAAAUGCGGGAGUUGGCAAGACAUGUCUAGUCCGCAAGUUCACACAAGGAAUCUUUCCUCCAGGUCAAAGUGCUACGAUAGGCGUUGAUUUUAUGAUAAAGACGGUAAAAGUCGGAAAUGAUAAAAUAAAGCUUCAAAUUUGGGAUACCGCUGGGCAAGAACGAUUUCGAUCGAUUACGCAGAGUUAUUAUAGAAGUGCUCACGCGAUCGUACUUGUCUACGAUGUCGCAUGUCAACCUUCGUUCGAUUGCCUUCCUGAAUGGCUUGGAGAAAUUGAAAGCUAUGCAAAUCGGAGGGUUUUGAAAAUCUUAGUUGGUAAUAAAGUGGAUAAAGGUGAAGAAAGGGAAGUGCCGGAGCGAAUCGGACGCGAUUUUUCAGAGAUGAAUAACUUUGAUUAUUUCUUGGAAACAUCGGCGUUAGACGCGACAAAUGUUGAUCAACUUUUUGAACAAGUCGCCACAAGACUCACAAAUGACAUGAAAGUUACAGAUGAACGACUCACUCAAUAUCGCGCCGAUACCUCCGCAAAUACGCCGAAUGGCGGCGCAAUAAAACUGAUGGAUCGCGCCCAAAGUGUCUACAAUAUGCAUCGAUUAGAAAUCAGAAACGCCAUCAGAAUGUAUUCAAAGGCAAAUCAACCCGCUUCCGCCAAAAUAACUCCGUCUCAUCAUACCCAAUACAUGCAUGCGAAAACUGGCGGAUUCAGUCAAGCGGCUCCCACACUUCACAAUCCUUACAAAGAUGAUCCGAUUUUGGAUCGGGCUCUUCGACGAAUGCUUCCUCAAGAAUGUUAUGAAAAGGUUGCGUCGGAUUUGGCACGAUUCGGUGAUCGAGUUGUUUCCGAGAUUGAGCAGCUUGGUCGUCAAGCUGAGCUCGAACAACCGAAGUUAGAGCAACAGGAUGCCUGGGGCAAACGAAUUGAUAAAUUAGUUGUUUGCAAAGAAUGGUAUCGGCUAAAACAAAUUUGCGCCGAAGAAGGAAUUAUUGCAAUUGGAUAUGAAAAAGAUCAAGAUCCUUAUGUACAAAGACUUCAUCAAAUUUCUAAACUUUUCCUAUUCGCUCCAUCUGCUGGUCUUGUCACUUGUCCAAUGGCAAUGACCGAUGGAGCUGUUAAAACAUUGACGGCAUUAAACUUAAAUGGCAAACACAAAUUGGCCACUGAAGCGAUUGAAAGAUUGCAAUCACGAGAUCCGAAGCGCGCGUGGACCAGCGGCCAAUGGAUGACGGAGAAAAAAGGAGGAAGCGAUGUUGCUGGAGGAUGCGAUACCUAUGCGAUUAACAUCGAAGGCGAUAAAUACCGACUUCACGGAUACAAAUGGUUCAGUUCCGCGGUCGAUGCUGAUAUUGCUCUCACACUGGCAAGAGUUGUCGAUGCUGACGGCAACGCGGUUGCAGGUUCACGAGGACUUUCCCUGUUCUUAUUGCGAAUUCGAGAUGACGAUGGCAAUUUGAAUGGAAUUCAAAUGGUUCGCCUGAAGAACAAACUUGGCACGAAACAAUUGCCAACAGCCGAGCUUCUCCUUGACGGAGUUAUUGCAUAUAAGAUUGGCGAACAAGGACGAGGUGUUGCCGGAAUCUCGAACAUGCUAAAUAUCACCCGAAUUCAUAACUCUGUCGCUUCUUUGGGAUUCAUGAGAAGAAUUAUCUCUCUGGCUCGUGAUUAUGCCACGAAGCGAAUCGUGUUCGGUCAACCUCAAGCAAAAUGGCCACUUCACACUUCGACGAUCGCCAAAAUGGAAGUCGAUGUUCGUGGAACAAUGCUGCUUUUACUUGAAUCUGCUCGUCUUUUAGGAUUGUCGGAGGCUGGAAAAUGUACAGACGUCGAGGCGUUGCUUUUGAGAUUAAUUACACCUGUCUUGAAGCUUUACGCAGGAAAACAGGCAGUGCCAUUGGUUUCUGAAGGAAUUGAGUGUUUUGGCGGACAAGGGUACAUGGAAGAUACCGGUUUGCCGACGUUACUACGCGAUGCUCAAGUAACUCCAAUUUGGGAAGGAACGACAAAUGUGCUAUCUUUGGAUGUCUUGCGAGUAUUUUCUGGAAGGGACAACGUUCUUCAAGCUUUUGGAAAACGUGUAGAACAAUUACUACAAAAUGCCAAAACUGAUAAUGAGAAAUUGAACAAAUCGAAGGAGGAAAUUCGAAAAGCUUUGAAAACCCUUCAAACAUUGCUUAUCAAGGCAAGUGAUUCCGCUUUAAACGAUUCGGUUCGAAUUGAUAGUGUUGCCAGAGAUAUUUCGUUCGCCAUCGCCAGAAUCUAUGCGGGAAGUUUGCUCAUCGAAUUCGCAUCAGAUGAAGGAAUCGCGAAUGCAACGGAUGCCGAAGUUGCUUAUCGAUGGUGCUGCGAACAGCCGCUAGUCAAUCUAAGAUGGGAGUGGUUCUCGAACGAUCGCGUUAAAGCCGAUCGUAAUAUCGUAUACGAGUCAUUUGCAGGAAAACAGAGUAAAUUGUAA